AUUAUUGCAUUGAUUAGUUCGGUGGUAUAUAUUGGGCGGAGGCCCGACCAUCGCCCAUUCUGGACGAUGGCGCCGCGACCGGACUUUUUUCCACUCCAAACAGCACGCGAGGAGGGAAGGAGGCAGGGGUGGGGGCUUUUUUCCGGAUGGAUUGUGAGUGCGGGUGCACUUCCCGGGAGACCACGCAACGCGCGUGCACGCGAACGCGCUCGCUCGUAUACGCGAGACGGGGGUGGUAGAUCUCUUGGCUCCAGAUGCUUGGAUGGUGAAGAUGAGAUGAGAUGAGAUGGAGAAAAGGAAGAAGAAGACGGUCUUGUUCUAGAAGAUGGGGGAAAAAAUACUGCAGGAGAGCACAACAGUGGAGCAUAUCCUCCGACGACGA